AUGAAUUCGAACAUCGAUCGCAAUACGUUGUCAUCAAUGACAACAUUUAGUUCUACAUUUGAUAGUGUUGCGUCAAUAGUGAAUUAUUUACGAGAACCUUCACCACCAGAAGUAGUUGUAUCAUCAACUACUUCAUCGACGGCAGGUUCUACACAAUUAAAUAAUACCUUGAAAUCAACAAAAGGCCGGAAAAAGGAAAAAGAACAAGCAAAAGUCAUGAAUACUAUGCAAAUAAAUGCAGGCGAAAUAGUUGAAGUUUUGCCUUCGGGUCGUGUCAAAUAUGGUCCAAUAACGGUAAAUCCUCGUAAACAACCUUCGAAAACAUUAUUCACAGGACGCCGUUCGAAAUAUGAAAAACUAUCUCAUGACGAGGAAGAAAAACGUCGUAUGCGUCGCGAACGUAAUCGUUUAGCAGCAACAAAAUGUCGUGAAAAACGUGAAAUUGUUUUAGCAGGACUUCAAGCUCAAUGUGAUAGGGAAUCGAAAAUAUACGAAAAUCUUCUAGAAAAAAUUCGACAAUUACAAGAACAAAAACAACGCCUUGAAUCUAUGCUUUCGAAUCGUAUUGAACCUUGUCAGUUACAACAAAUAAAUCAUAUGACAACAUUACAACAGCCAUCAUCAAUGAUUUUUAAUGAUACGCAUUGCCAUCCAUCGCUCAUUCAAAAACAAGUACCACCAGUUCUUCCUCAUCAAGUACAAAUGGUUCAAAAUAUUGAAGGAGAAAUUAGCCAAUUUCUUCAACCAGCACCUAUAUUAACAAAUUCCGCUUAUAGUAAUGGUCAAUCAAAUCAUCUCUGUAAUGUCGAGCAGUCAUCUCAACAACAUCUAAUUACGAUGACUUCAAGUAGUCUUGACCGACUUAUCAAUAGUCUAGAGACUCCAGCAACGUGUACUGAUAAUAAUAAUAAUAAUACAUGUUCCGAUCUAUUCAAUUCAACAUAUGGAUCAUCAUCAUGUGCUCAACAACAUUCAAGUUCAAGUGAAGAUGAUUCAUUGCCACCUGCUCGUAACAAUGCAUUUGUUUGUUAA